UGCGAGGUAAAAGAAAAAGACCCAAAUCUGGUGUGACCCAACUGCAAAAUCUUCCCCUUUGUUUUCAAUCAGCCGUCGUAGAUCCACCUUCCGACUGAAAACCCUCGUUCUAAUUCGAUCAUCAAACCCUGGAGAUUUUGAAUUAUUCGAAUCGCUGUGUUGAUUACGAGAAUCAAGGGUUGUUUAAAACCCAUCUGGGUUUAGAUCAGCAAGACCAACCAGAUGAUGGGUUUUUAUUUUAAUUUUUAAUAUUUAAUUUUCUAUUUCGUUAUAAUCUUCGAGUUCAUGAUGUGGGUUCGAUGAGAAUUUGGGAAUCCGAAAUGGGUUUUGUCAAUUUGACGUGGGUUUUCGAGGUUGGAGUCGUUAGGUUAAAAUCUUGAAUCAAUUCUUUGGGGGUUUUUUUUAGCUUUUUGAUUUCAGAUUAGAGACUGCUCCAUUGGCUACAAUGCUUAUCUGAGAUUGUUAUCAAUUUGUUAGAAUUUGAAGUUUUUUGGAGCAGUGAUAUAUAUAUAUAUUUAUAUAUAAUCUGCUUUUUUAUUUAUAAAAAUGUCUGGUGGAACCCCAACUGCUGGUGGGCAUAUGAGGCAGAGGCAUAGUCAAGGCUAUGCUUCAAGUGGUGAUGAUCUUGAAGAUGAUGCUUGUUCGAGAAUUCGACCUCAAUCGCCUGCGUUUCCGCGAACAAGAACAUGGGUUGAGGUCUUAGAGAAUGUACUUUGGAUUGCUUCUGCAGUUUUUAUAGUGUAUUUGGGAGAUUGGCAUUCCAACUUGAUUUAUAUCUUGUUUCAUGAUGGUAGAGUUAGAAGAAUACCGUUAUAUCUCGGGCUAUUUGGUGUCAGCUUGAAUGUUCUCUGUUUCUUGUAUACAAGUAUGUUAGUAUGGGGUGUUCGAAAGUCUAGCGAAAGGUGGGAGAUAUCAAGUACAGAUGCCCUCCCGUUUGUUACCAUUCUUGGACUCGUCUCUUUUUGUUUGUUCUGUUUUGCUUUGUGGCCAAUUUGGAGUUUCUUGACCCUCCCGCUUGUGUUCACAUUGUUCAUGGCUUGCAUGGUCAUAUUGCCGUACAUGGUUCUCGGGACGUUGAAGCAGCAGCCAUCAGAUAUGUUCCGUAUUGAUUGAAAUCAAAUCCCUUGUUCAUAUUGACGACAUUGAUUGAAGCAUUUAACGCCGGAUUGGAGGUUUGUUUUCUGGUAAUUAUGCUUUCAAUUUGUAAACGAUACUAACAAACAGAACAGGCGAACAUUUUCUUGAAUCAGUCGGUCUCUUUCUCGUUUCACUUUUUUUUUCGUCUUAAAAAACAUAUCGAUAUGUGAAAUUAGAAGGAACCCCAGAUCAGAUUACAUUAGAACAGAUAGAAAUGAAACAAGUUUUCAUAGUGAUUGAUUGAUAGUUUGGAUGAUUUAGUCA